GUAGUUGCGCACCGGCCGCAGACUCGCUCGCGCGCGCCCUCACAACCUGCCUCUGAAAACUCUGAUACCGAAUUUGAAAUGACCGGUUCCGACCACGAACGCUCGCGAUCAAUCUGUGCUCACAGAGUGUUUGCUCAGUGAUUUCUUUUAUUGGUGCUUUUGAGUGAGUGACGCUGAGAAUGUACGAGACGUCGCGCUGGACAUUUACAAUGGCCCAAAUUACAUUAAAUGGGUAAUUGCUGUUCAAACAAUGAACAGUGAGAAAACGUAAAUGAACUUUUUCAUCGUGACGUGACAAAGGAACACCGGCAAAAUGAAAAACAGUGAAGAGUGUUUAGACUGAUAAUUCAAGACAGUUAUAAAAAACAUAAAGUGUGAUAUUUAUUGAUCUUAUUUAAAAUAGAAAAUUAGUUAAAAGUUUUAUUAUACUAUUGUGAAUAACGAAGAAAUAAAUUUUAGACUAAAUAACGCUAUUGUAGAUAACUAAAAACAGUGCUCAAAGACAAUCUAUAUUAAAAUAAACGGUAGAGAAAACUUGCUGUCGGGUACAGUUCGGACUUCAAAAGCCCGCGGCAAAAACCAUCGGAGCGACGGCGGCAAUUGCAGGCAUGGGAAUCAAAGUCAUGAUGAAAGCUUUCAAUAAGCCAAAAGACAUACCGUCGCAGGUGCCACCGCUCACGCCCGGCACCAAUAAGAAGAUGGCCGAGGCGCUAAAGGCUACCUUCGCCUCCUGGGAGAAGGAACAGCUGCGCCUCGGCGUGCCCAAAGAUCCUCGACAAUGGAGCGAGGCGGCUGUGGCGGCGUGGCUGCGGUGGGCGGCGCGGGAGUUCUCGCUGGAGGGCGUAGCGCUUCAGCAGUUCGCGCGCGCGCAGGGCAAGGACAUCUGCGCGAUGGGCCGCGAGGAGUUCGUGGCACGGGCGCCUGCCUUCAUGGGAGAUAUACUAUGGGAGCACUUGGAGAUAUUACAAAAAGAUGUAGAAAAAGAGCGAUCGUUGCUCGCGAACGUGCCACCGAACAUGUACGAGAGCAACGUAUGCCUUCCUGAACUGCCCGACUAUAUCCCACCACCUGCACACCACUACAAUAACAAUAAUAAUAGCGGGGGCUACACAACAGGCGGUCCCCGCGAAACCAACACAUACUACACCGAAGCGAGCGGCGGCGCCGCGGCCCCGGCGCAUGCGCCCGCACCCGCCGCGGCCUCGCCCCUCGACGAGUACUACCAGCCCGAGUACCCGCCGCCCGCGCCCGCGCAGCCCUACCUCGACGACUACUACCACCACGCGCACGCGCACGCGCAGCCGCUGCUCACGCACGAGCACAAGUACCAGCCGCACACCUACACCAAGCCUUACCCGAGAACGGCGGGCGGGAGAUACGGCGCAGGCGGAGAAGUAUACGGCGAGGCUUACGCGACAGAGUACGGCGGCUGCGCGGAGUGGAGCGAGUGGCCGGGCGAGCAGCACGCGCUGCUGCCGCAAGACAAGCUGCCCUACCCCACCUCCGGGCCCUGUUUCACUGGCUCAGGACCCAUCCAGCUGUGGCAGUUCCUGCUGGAGCUGCUCACGGACAAGAGCUGCCAGGGGUUCAUCUCGUGGACCGGCGACGGCUGGGAGUUCAAGCUCACUGACCCGGAUGAGGUGGCUAGACGCUGGGGCAUCCGCAAGAACAAGCCCAAGAUGAACUAUGAGAAGCUGUCGCGCGGCCUGCGCUACUACUACGACAAGAACAUCAUCCACAAGACGGCCGGCAAGCGCUACGUCUACCGCUUCGUCUGCGACCUACAGAGCUUGCUUGGGAUCUCACCAGAGCAGCUGCACGCAAUGUACGAGCCUAAAAUGGAGAAAAAAGACGACGACUGAUCCCGACUCCACUCGACCGUGUCUCACCACAUUCAUUUAGUAAAUUAAUAAAUGGAAAAACGGACUUCAAAAAUUACCUUCUCAACCGUAUUCAGUGAAAAAAAGCCAUACAAGUGUACGUUAUUUUUUAUUUGUCAAAAAGAUAACGUUUUCAAUUUUUUUUUUCUCAAGCGGAGCGCAAAUGCCCCUACUACGGGACCGUACCGUAGCUGAGACAAAAACUCUCAUAAUAUGGUCAUGAAACUAAAUCAUUUGUAUUCAUUUUCUAAUGAAAGUCAUAUAAUAUAACAAGUGUAAUAAGUACACAGAUGCCGCUACAUCUUUGAAUAUUUUUUUUUAUCUUCAUUUAAUGUAACGUAGAUUUUUCAUAUUAAAAUGUCGUAUUUGAUCUCAUGCACAUCCACCAGUGGAAUUUAUUUACUUACUAAUGAGGUUUACGACUACAUGGUUCUAUACCUACUCCAUAACAUACCUACAUCUGCUUCAGUUUUCCUUAGUUUGCUUAAAAAAUAAACAAAUCGCAGAAUCCUCAAAGAAACGCGUAAACGAUGCCAUUUGCCCGGCGCUUUAGACCUUCUGGAGUUAGGUUUUGCACUCUCAUGAUUUUGUUGUCAGUUUGCGGUAAUAAGGUAGCAUCGGCCGCGUAUAGUGCGCCUGUUUCGCAUUUCAGCGAGAAAUUACUUGUUCACCUUUUAAGUAAACUAAGGAAACUAAAGUAUACAUAUUUUAAGUAUCAGAUUAACCAACGGUGCCUUAUCACAUACAAACUGUUGUUAAUUUUUAAUAUACUUAAAUUAAAUUAGACAUUGAUUUAAAAUAAAAAAGUUUUCAAUUUUAUGCAUCCAAAAUUUUUAUAAAUUCAUAAAUGGUAUUUUAUGUUAAGAAAUAUAAAUUUAUGUAAUCUGAUCUGAUAUUUUGUAUUCUAAAGUUUGUAAAACUUCAAUUUUUUCUGUUUUUUAUUAUAAAUCAAUGUCGUUCGAUGCAAUCCUAAAAGCAAAACUUAGAUAGGUACUAAUCUUGUUCUUAGCACUGGAAUUAUGGAGGCUCUCCUAAAUAGUUAUGUUUAAAAUGAUUUUACAAAAUAUAACGCCUUUAUCCCAUGUUUAUGAAUUCGUUUUACGCUCGUUUGGAAUCCUUUUUGGGUCCAAAUUCCCUUUUUACACUUGUACCAAGUAGGUAUCUUCCAAACAUCCGUAAAAUAACAUACUUAGGUAUCUACUUGUUGUCUAAUAGAUACCAUUCAUUAUUUUCAAUCACAUUACCUACACUAUCAACUCGUAUCAAUUACUCCUGCAGUACUGAGAUAUCAUUUACAAUAGAUUAGUGAAUAUUCUGCUAUCAAUUUAAUAAUAUUGUAAAUAUAAGUUAAUUUUGUUACUUUAAAAAAAUAAUUAGGUAUUAUAUUAUUAUAAUAGGUAUUAAGUGUUGUAUGUUUGAUUCGCAAAUUGUUGCAAUAUGCGGUUAAAUUAAUGCAUAGUUAGAAUGAUGACGGACAAGAAAUAUCUAUUUAAUUCAAUAAAGUCCAAAGAUUAUUGAAAUCUAUCCACGUGCCCACCAAUUGGUAAAAAACGACUGUGAAAUCACCAAAGGGACUUCACUUCGAUAUUGUAAAACUUAAAGAAGUUUAAUUUAUAAACCCUCGAUAUUAAUAAAAUGGUGGAUUUUUUUAUUCUGGAGAAUAUUAAGCAACACCGGGUGACGUCAACUUGUCUCUGAUCUCGUGGUAAGGGAUUGUAUGUCUUACUGAAUAGUUAUGAAAUUAAUUAGUUGUAUUAUUUUCAAUUUUUAUAGCUCCUAGCAUACACCGAAGAUAUUUCGAUAAGUUUUAUUUUGUAAAGUAUUACUCCUCCAUCAAUAUUAUACUGUUUAUUUCGUUGAUCAAUAUAAUUGAGCGAUUCAUACUUACAUCCAAAACCCAAUGUUUUAUGAACGGCUUUCAACUGGAUGUAGAACAAUUAGCUAAUGAAAUAAAUACUUACAUAUUAUUCAUUCAAUACAUUAGCACCUAAUGAUAUUAUUUUUAAAUCAGAACACAAAAAUGUAUUUUCAAUUAUGAAUAAAGAAAAUUCUGCCCUAGUUGAAGGCCGGUUUUAUCGUGUAGUUUACCACCAGUUUUACCUUUUUUUUUAAUUUCAGUUUUAUGCUAAGUAAUUUUGUAUUGUAAAAUGAAUAUGAGUGAAUAAAUAAAUCAUUCAUUCAAUACAUAAAUAUCCUUAUUUCAACGAUGUCUUCCCCGUGCUAACAUUAAAGUGAAGAUAGGAAAUAACUAUGUAUAGAGAUUAAAAAUUCUGAAUAAAAAUGUUAUUUAAAUGAUAUUUGUGUUAUCAGCCAAAUUGAUGUACCUAUCAGUGUUGUAUGUAUUGAUGGAAGAUAUAAAUUUAAAUAUAUAUAUUUACGAAAUUA